AUGUGUCCGGUAUGUUCAGUCACACUGAUAGAACCACAACACGAGGCGGUUGAACAGAGGUUCCCGCAAACCCAGACAUCGGUCGAGCAGGGGCUCCCGAUUCACAACGAGACGGUCGAACAGAGGUUCCCGCAAACACAGACAUCGGUCGAGCAAGGGCUCCCGAUUCACAACGAGGCGGUCGAACAGGGGUUCCCGCACACACGGACAUCGGUCGAGCAGGGGCUCCCGAUUCACAACGAGGCGGUCGAACAGGGGUUCCCGCACACACGGACUUCGGUCGAGCAGGGGUUCCCGAGUUCUAGCGAGGCGGUCGAGCAGGGGCUCCCGCAUACACACACAACGGCCGAGCAGAGGCUCCCGAUUGUAACCGAGGUGGUCGAGCAGAGGCUCCCACAUACACCUGAGGCGGUCGACGACGAGCUCCCGCCUCUUAUCGACGAGAAUGAACGGGCUGUGGACUUAAAUGUGAACGACGUGGUGGAGACAGAGCUCCACGUCUAG